AUGGGAUGGUUUCUGUUUCUUUUCCAAUUGAGUUUCUUGCUUUUCCAUUUUCCUUCUCACACUUCUUCAUCGGUGCCAUUGUGCCACCAUGAUGAAGCCUCUGCCUUGCUUCAAUUCAAAAACUCAUUUAGUCUCAAUGGCUCUUCCGAGUCUUCCAAUCACUGUGCUGCAAUUGGCGAGUCUUCAUAUCCGAAGACAGAAUCAUGGAAAAAUGAUACGAAUUGCUGCUUGUGGGAAGGGGUGAGUUGUGACACAAAGUCAGGGCAUGUGAUUGGCAUAGAGCUUAGCUGUAGUUGGCUUCAAGGCCAUUUUCAUCCCAACACCACUCUCUUCCAACUCACUCAUCUUCAAACGCUCAACCUUGCUUUCAAUUCUUUUUUCAAUUCUCCAAUGCCUUCUGGAUUUGGUAAUCUUCUCACUCUUACACAUCUAAACGUAUCUUCUUCUGGUUUCAGUGGUGUUAUUCCCUCUAAAAUCUCUCACCUUUCGCACUUAGUCUCACUUGAUCUCUCACCCUCAUAUGGAAUGACAAUUAGAGAAUCAACUUUGGAAAAGCUCAUUGUAAAUGCAAGCGAGCUAAGGGAGCUCACUCUUGAUGACCUGGAUAUUUCUUCCAUUAAACCAAGCUCUCUAUCUUUCCUACUGAAUUUUUCAUCCUCUUUGGUCUCUCUUAGUCUUAGUUCUACUGGGUUGAAAGGGACGUUACCAAACAAAAUUCUCUUUUUACCCAAUCUUCAAAAGCUUGAUCUGUCUUGGAAUCAUUUUCUCGAAGGUGAACUUCCUAAGUUCAAUUGGAGCGCUCCUCUCAGACACUUGGAUCUCUCCAACACUGCUUUCUCAGGAACAAUUCCACGAAGUGUGGGGAACCUUACCCAACUAAAUUAUCUGCACCUUGCAAUGAAUAAUUUUAGAAAUAAUUUUGGUGGUGAGGUCCCCAAUUUGUUUGGCAAGCUUAACAAAUUAGAAUAUUUAUAUCUUUCCUCAAAUAAUCUUGUAGGCACAUUGCCAUCAUCAGUUUUUGGUCUGACUCAGCUUCGUUAUUUUAUAUGUUCAGACAAUAAAUUAUUUGGCCCAAUUCCGAACAACAUUAGUGGACCUCAAAAUAUAGAGACUCUAAUUUUGUCCAAUAACUUACUGAAUGGAACAAUUCCGCUCUGGUGUUUUUCUUUGCCAUCAUUGUUUCAGUUAUCUCUAAAAGGCAACCAGCUGAGUGGGCCAAUCGGUGAAUUCUCUUAUUUUUCUUUGCCAUCGUUGAGUUAUUGUGAUCUCUCUUGUAACAAGCUACAAGGUAAUAUCCCAGAGUCGGUGUUUGAUCUACCGAAUCUAUCAGCGUUGCAUCUAUCAUCAAAUAACUUGAGUGGCCUUGUAGACUUUUACAAAUUUUCGAAGCUCCAGUACCUAGUGCUUCUCGAUCUUUCUCACAAUAAUUUUCUCUCUCUUAAUUUUGACACCGGGGGUCACUAUAACUUCUCCAACCUCAGAAGACUAUAUUUAUCUUCAAAUAAUAUAAAUAGUUUCCCAAAAUUCCUCAAUGAACUCCAAUAUCUUGACACUUUAGUCCUAUCUAACAACCAAAUUCAUGGGAGAAUUCCAAAAUGGUUUAAUAAUACGGGAAGAGAUACAUUAUAUUAUUUGGAUCUUUCUCAUAACCUUCUAACAUCCCUUGGGCAUCUCUCACUCUCAUGGACAAUGAUACAUUACAUUGAUCUCAGCUUCAACAUGUUGGAAGGAGGUAUUCCGAUUGCCCUAUAUGGAUCUUACUUCUUUUCUGUCUCAAAUAACAAAUUGACUGGACACAUUUCUUCAGCUAUUUGCAAUGCAACCGUCCCCAGUAUACUCAAUUUGUCCCAUAACAACUUGACAGGCAAGCUUCCACAUUGCCUUGGAACCCUUCCUUAUCUGUCAGUUUUGGAUUUGCGAAAGAACAACCUUUCUGGAAUCAUACCUAAAACUUAUUUUGAGACAGAAGCAUUGGAGACUAUGAAUUUUAAUGGCAAUCAAUUGGAGGGACCAUUACCUCGAGACGUGGCCAAAUGCAAACAACUACAAGUUCUGGACUUGGGGGAAAAUGACAUACAAGAUACAUUUCCUAGUUGGUUAGAGUCCCUUCAAGAGCUACAAGUCCUUGUUUUACGUGGAAAUAAGUUUAACGGUACUAUUGACUGUUGGAAAGCCAGGAAUAUCUUUCCUAAGUUGAGGAUUUUUGACGUCUCCAACAACAAUUUUAGCGGCACCUUGCCAACAACAUUCAUCAAAAACUUCAAGGGAAUGAUGAUGAAUGUCGAUGAUGGUUUGCACUACAUGAAAAUGAAUUCUACAUUCGCUUUUUCAUCUAGUUACAACGACUCUGUGGGAGUCAGAAUGAAAGGGAACACUUUUGAGCUAGAGAGGAUCUUAACUACUUUCACAACUAUUGAUUUAUCAAAUAACAAAUUUGAUGGAGUGAUUCCAACCGUCAUUGGAGAGUUAAAGUCACUGAAAGGGCUUAACCUUUCUCACAAUGGAAUCACUGGUUUUAUUCCACAGUCCUUUGGCAAUUUAGAAAAUCUGGAAUGGCUAGACCUUUCCUCAAACAUGCUCAUGGGUGAGAUUCCUGAGGCAUUGACCAGUCUUACCUUUCUUUCUUACUUGAAUCUUUCGCUAAACCACCUGGAAGGGAUGAUACCAACAGGUAAACAGUUCGACACAUUUCAGAAUGAAUCCUAUCAGGGAAAUCCAGGGCUUUGUGGGUUGCCUUUGUCAAAGUCAUGCCACAAACAAGAAGAACAACCAGGUGAUUCAUCAAGCUUCAGCCAUGAAGAGUUGUUUGGAUUUGGUUGGAAAGUCGUAGCAGUAGGAUAUGCGUGUGGAAUGGUAUUUGGAAUACUCUUGGGAUGCAUUGUAUUUUUAAUUGGUAAACCACAGUGGAUAAUCAAGCUUGUUGAAGAUGUUUCUAAUCGAAGAGUGAGAAGGAAGAGCUGCAGAUCUAUUGCAAAUAGAAGGGGAUAG